AUGGUCGCUGACGUCAAAUCACCAGCAGGACUUGCUGCUUUCAACCAAACUCUUGCUGAGCAAGCUUUCGCCAACGGGUUAGUUUGAUUUUCCCAUUUUUGGGCCAACAGAAAAUUUGAGAUUCGUGGAAACUUCAAUUUUUUGAAAUAUUUAGAGGUUUUCAGUGAAUAAAGAUAUAAGUAUGAUGUCACUAGGAAUGAAUGCAGAGACCUCUCUAAAAAUGAAAAAGGCAACAAUUCUUGAAAAGUGCAGAAAUAAUUAUUAGAUGAGAGUUAAAAAAAUGUCCAGCUUAAAUUCAAUUUAUUUACAGCUUUGUCUACUCUGGAGAGGAUGCCCAACUUUUCGCUGCUCUCGGAUCAGCUCCAGCUGCUGCAACAUACCCAAAUGUUGCCCGUUGGUUCGCUAACAUCGCUUCAUACACUGAAGCCGAACGCAAAGCCUGGCCAUCAGCAGGAGGAUCAGCUGCCGCUGCUGCUCCAGCCGGAGAUGACGACUUCGAUUUGUUCGGAUCUGACGAUGAAGAUGAUGCCGAGAAGAAGAGAAUCACCGAAGAAAGAUUGAAGGCUUACAAUGAGAAGAAAUCCAAGAAACCAGGCCCGAUCGCUAAAUCAUCAGUCAUUUUGGAUGUCAAACCAUGGGACGAUGAAACCGACUUGGGAGAAUUGGAACAAUUGGUCCGUGGAAUCGAAAUGGACGGACUUGUCUGGGGAGGUGGUAAACUCAUCCCAAUCGGAUACGGAAUCAAGAAAUUCCAAAUCAUCUGCGUCAUCGAAGAUCUUAAGGUCUCAGUUGACGAUCUUAUCGAAAAGAUCCAAGGUGAUUUCGAAAACCACGUCCAAUCAGUUGACAUUGUCGCUUUCAACAAGAUCUAA